AUGUUUAACUUACAAACAGGACCGAAAGAAGUAUUUCCAUACAACUACUACAGCAGUGUUUUGUUAGCAAAUGACAACAGAACUGGUGUCAUUUCUGAAGCAUGUAAGUUUAUCCGGGAUGCAGAUACAUUCAUGAAAAACAUAGAUUCCAUCAAAGGUUGCAGAAUAGAUGAGAACCACUUCGACUUAGAAAAGUAUAGCACAUUUUAUUGCAAACAAGAUGUAAGAAUUUUAAGAGAAGGUUUUGUUAAGUUCCGCAAUGACAUAUUGAAAGAAUUUGAUUUAAACGUUUAUGACUACGUUAGUAUUUGUUCAAUUGCUAACAAAUUGUUUGAGAACAGAGUGUACUUCCCGAAUGGAAAUUUAUAUGACCUCUCAAAUAAACCAAGAGAAUUUAUUUCACGCUGUAUUCAAGGUGGAAGAUGUAUGCUGUCAGAUAACAUUAAACAAAAGAGCGAAAAGAAACUCAUUGCUGACUUCGACGCUGUUUCAUUAUAUCCAUCAGCUAUAGCAAGACUUUAUACUUUAGAAGGUAUUCCAAAGGUUAUGAAGAAAGAAAUGUUAAGCACAGAGUAUCUCAUGAGACAUUUAUUCGAUGACGACCAAAAGGAACCCAUUG